AUGGCGCAGGUGGUAUCCGUCCGCGCCCAGGCCGGCCCGAAGAGGGCGCCACAGGCCGUGGGGGCGGGCGGUGCUCCUGCCGCGCACGCCGUCGGCCGGCCCGCCCCCCGCGCGCUGCGCCCCGCCCGCGCGAACCCCGCCGACCUCGAAGGGCUUUCCGACCGCUCCCGUGACUUCCUGCUCGCGACCCAGAAGCGCUAUCUCGAGCCCUACAAGGAGCUCGUUGGGAAGCCCAUCAAGUGCAAGGCCGCCGUGGCCUACAAGGCCGGCGAGGACCUGGUCGUCAAGGACGUCAUGGUCGCGCCGCCCCAGGCCGGCGAGGUGCGCAUCAAGGUCACGCACACCGCCCUGUGUCACACCGACGCCUUCACGCUCUCGGGCGAGGACCCCGAGGGCAAGUUCCCGUGCAUCCUCGGGCACGAGGCCGCGGGCGUCGUCGAGAGCGUCGGCGAGGGCGUCACGAGCGUCAAGCCGGGCGACCAGGUCAUCCCCUGCUACCAGGCCUUUUGCGGCGAGUGCAAGUUCUGCAAGAGCGGCAAGACGAACCUGUGCCAGGCCGUGCGGCAGUGGACGGGCAACGGCAUCAUGAAGGCCGACGAGGGCGUGCGGUUCACGGAGCUCGACGGCACGCCGAUCUACCACUUCAUGGGCACCUCCACCUUUGCGGAGUUCACGGUCGUGCACGAGGUCUCCGUCGCGAAGAUCUCCGAGCAGGCGCCGCUCGAGGAGUGCUGCCUGCUCGGGUGCGGCGUCUCGACGGGCCUCGGCGCGGUGUUCAACGCUGCCAAGGCCGAGAAGGGGUGCACGGCAGCGGUGUUCGGCGUGGGUACGGUGGGGCUCGCGUGCGUGGACGCGCUGCGGAUCGUGGGCGCGACGAGGAUCAUCGCGGUCGACACGAACCCCAAGAAGUUCGAGCUCGCGAAGCAGUGGGGGGCGACGGACUGCGUGAACCCCAAGGAUCACGAGAAGCCGAUUCAGCAGGUGAUUGUGGACAUGACGGACGGCGGCGUGGACUACUCGUUCGAGUGCAUCGGGAACGUCAACGUCAUGCGCGCCGCGCUGGAGUGCUGCCACAAGGGCUGGGGGGAGAGCGUGAUCAUCGGCGUGGCUGGCGCGGGGCAGGAAAUCGCGACGCGGCCGUUCCAGCUGGUCACGGGGCGCGUGUGGCGCGGGACGGCCUUCGGAGGGUACAAGUCGCGCGUGGACGUGCCGAAGCUGGUCGAGGGGUACAUGAAGGGGGAGUUCAAGGUAAAAGAAUACAUUACGCACCACUUCAAGCUGGAGCAGAUCAACGACGCGUUCCACGCGCUGCACGGCGGGGACUGCCUGCGCGCAGUGAUCACGAUGUAA